CUUAAGGACGCCAGUGAGGGGGGGGAGGGGCGUAUAACUUCACUACGGUGGGCGUGGAAGGCGUGGGCGUGACUACAGCCACCCUGGCAGGACUACGCCCACACGCCCGCUACGCCGUCGUACUGCAAGCCUUCAACUCUAAGGGCGCCGGACCUGCCUCACCUCCCGCCCUGGGCACCACCCUACACGACAAACCGAGUGCUCCUCCCGGUCACGUGACAUGUGAGAGUGUGACGUCAUCAAGCCUGGUAGUGACGUGGUCGCCUCCUCCUCCGUCACAGGAACGGCGUCAUCACCAACUACCGCCUGGCUUACUCCCACGCCUCCUCCCACGGGAGGAGUGGCAGCGUGGUGUCAGAAGGGUUGAGAGCCACAGUAGCUGGUCUGACACCUUGGACCAACUACACGGUGACUGUGGCGGCGUCAACCAGAGCUGGGGAAGGUGUACACUCCCACCCCCUUGUGUGUACUACUGACCAGGACGUGCCAGAAGCGCCGGCGAGGGUGAAGGCAAUAGUGUCGGGUCCUCGGGCAGCCGUAGUGUCGUGGGCGCCGCCCGCACGCCCACACGGGCGUAUCAGCCGCUACACCGUCCACUGGGAACCAGCAGGUGGGCGUGGCUCCGCCCACAGCCGCCGUGUGGAGCCUCACCUGACGCACCUGACCCUACAUGACAUGUCUCACACCACACACCAGGUGUGGGUGACGGCGUCCACCAGGAUGGGUGAAGGUCCCGCGAGCAGCGUGGCCGUGGUCAAGCCCACACACACAGUGGCCGCGGGCGUGUGGUCGGUGGGCGGGAACGUGACGGCGGCUUGGAAGGAGGACGUGAGUCUAGCGUGUGGCGCCGUGGGUGUGCCGGAGCCUGACCUAACCUGGACCCACCAGAGGAAGCUGAUCCCUGUUACCCAUGACAGGUUCCGGGUACAGCCAGACGGGACUCUCACCUUGGCAGACAUACAGAGAAGCGACAGCGGCCACUACUCCUGUACCGCCACCAACCACCACGGCAGUGACGCCGUCACCUACAACCUUACCGUGCUAGUGCCUCCGUCAGCACCUUCCCUCCACGUGACGGAGACCACCGCCUCCUCCAUCAGGGUCCAGUGGAGUGUGGAGGACACGGGCGGCGCCGACCUCCAGGGAGCCACACUCCACUACAGGUCAGCGGGAGGGGAGUGGGUGAGGGCGGAGGUGGACGGUGAUCAGCGCUCCUACACGGUGACCAGCCUCAGGUGCGGCACCUUGCACCACUUCUACCUCACGGCUCACAACCACAUAGGCAGCAGCACGGCCUCCUCAACAGAAGCGGCCCGCACUAAGGGCCGGCCACCUGAGGCGCCGCCACAGUUCCAGUUCGUCACCAGCAACAGCUCGCAGGCGACGCUGUACCUGGCGCAGUGGGGGGACGGCGGCUGUACCAUCACCCACUUUAGUGUACAGUACCGCAGGGACUCCUCCAGGCACUGGACCACAGUUGGCAGCGAGAUACCGCCCGCCCGCACCUUCGCUGUGGGCGGGCUAGACGCAGGUGGCCGCUAUGAGCUGCGGGUGACCGCCCACAACUCUGCAGGAGCCACACCCGCCCACUACACCGUGACCACACCUGGCCAGGGCCUCCCAGGAGGCGCGGGUACGGGCGUGGGCGGAGGCGUGUGGGGCAGCGCGCCCUCCACCUCAGGGGCGUGGCAGGACCCGCGAGUGUUGGUCCCGGCCGCUGUCUCCGCCAUGGCGCUGCUGCUGACUGUGACCACUGUGUGUGUCUGUGUGAGGAAAAGACCCUCCAGCAGACCCUCACAGAAGGAGGUGGCGGACACGGAGGAGGAGGAGAAGACGACCCUACAGGCGCGGGAGGACGUGUACACCACCGUCAGGAGGCCCGCGCCCACGCCUCCCCACCAACACGACAACACUGGAGACUACAGCGAGGAGGACCUUUACCCCUACGCCACGGCCACCUUCCAGAUGGGCGGAGGCAGCCCGCCGCCCCCUGCUCCGCCCUCCCCGCCCACACACGCCCACCACCCACAACCACGUGGGCAGAAGGCCUUCACCGCCCUCGUCUACCAGGCGCCGUCACUACACGAUGUUGACUCCCCCAAUCUGAGUGAGGUAGACAGCCGGGGGUCAGGUCGAGGGGGGGUGAGCUACGAGGGGGAGCACUACAGUGGGGUGUUGACCCCCCAGGCUGACCCCCGCCCCCCUCCUCACCACCGCCGCCCCCUCAGACACCUCCGGACCAAAUCCCCCGCAAUGUCCGUUUCCCCUAAGACGAGGCGUACUCAACCCCAGCAGCAGCACCUUCAGCGCCUACAGCAUCUACAACAACAACAGCAGCACUAUCAGCAUCCCCAACAACCACCACAACCACAACACUACCAACAACCACAGAGUCAACACCAACAUCCUCUUCCUCCUCAACACCAGCACUAUCAGCAGCCUCAGCAUCACCAUCAGCAAAUUCAACAGCAACGAACUCUACGGCCUGCCUGUCAUCCAAGGCAGGUGUGAGUGAGAGGAGGUGGGCGUGGUCAUCCUACACACAGGUCAACAAAGAGGUCAAACAUCACGCGUCAUAAGAGGUCACUACAGCUGUGACCUCCUCCUUCUCUUCUUUAGAAUGUCACUGUGUAAACAAGAUCUUCCUGGAAAGUGAAAUGUCUUCCUGGAUGAGUCAAGAACUUCCUCGACAACGUGUGAUCUUCCUGGACAUUAAGAAGUCUUCCUGAAUCAGACAGUUCUUCACGUGGACGGAACGUAUCUGUCUAAGAGUACAUGUGCGUGUCUGUAGGAGUGUAUGUGCGUGUCUGUAGGAGUGUAUGUGCGUGUCUGUAGGAGUGUAUGUGCGUGUCUGUAGGAGUGUAUGUGCGUGUCUGUGGAAGUACAUGUGCGUGUCUGUAGGAGUGUAUGUGCGUGUCUGUAGGAGUGUAUGAGUGUGUCUGUGGAAGUACAUGUGCGUGUCUGUGGAAGUACAUGUGCGUGUCUGUAGGAGUGUAUGUGCGUGUCUGUAGGAGUGUAUGUGCGUGUCUGUAGGAGAGCACGAGUGUGUCUGUAUAGUCCUUUGGUAAUGUCUGUGUGUCUGUUAAAUAUAAAGAAAUUAACAAUCACCCGUGUUAAAAAUGUUACAUAAUGGACUGUGUUAUUUCUGUACAAUUGCUACAAGUUGUUGAAUAUUACAAGAGAAUAUUGAAUUAAUGUUUUAUGUUAAUGUGAGCAAGAUGGUUAUGAGGUAUAUGGUUUUAGAGGAAUAUUGAUGGAUAAUAACAUAAAAAAAUAUCAUGUUUGAGUGAAUUUGUUGCUAUCGUUGAAGACUGCAGUUAAAUGUUGCACGUGUUGCCUGUCUGCGAUGUUGAUAUAAAUAUGUUGAUAUCGAAUGUGUAUAUAAAGUUUUUGGGUGAUGUUGAUAAAUAUUACAAGAUGAACAAGAGCUGUGGUGAAUGUGUUAGUUUAUUGUGGAAAUUGGUGAAUAAUGUUGCUAUAAGUUGUUGAGUAUUGCAAUAAAAUGUUGCAUAUGUGGCUUUGUGUAUCUCAAUAUGUGCAAGAUGUUGACAAGGUAUAUGGCUUUUGAGAGAUACUGAUGACUACUGAACGAUUAACAGUUACGAAAACUGACUUAAAUUGUUGCCAAAAAAAUAAACAUUGCAGUAAAUGUUGCAUAUCUUGCUUACCUGUUAUCUCAAUGUAUAUAGAUGUUAAUAAUGGAUGUUUAUCAUUUUCUGGAGAGAUGUUUUGAUGACAAUGUUAAAAUGAAUGGCUGUGUUUACUGAGGGAACUAAUUGCUACGGAUUGUUGAAAAUUGCAAUUGGAUGUUGCAUAUAUAUUGCUUAGCCUGUUAAUAUAAGCAAGAUGUUGAUAAUGUUGGUUAUAGUUUCUGAGAGAUGUUGAUGGAUGUUCAGGUGAUAAUUGUGAUGGGGAGGUGAGGUGUUGCUACAGGUUGCUGACGAUUGCAUUAUAUUGUUGCACCUCUUGCUUUGUGUGUUAUCCUAACCCCUUGAGUACGAUAAUUUAAACCCUUGAGUACGACGACUUAUACCCUUGAGUGCGACGACUUAUACCCUUGAGUACGACGACUUAUACCCUUGAGUACGAUGACCUAACCCCUUCAAUAGACUUAACGUAUUUUUGGGUCAAUAUCUAGAACAUGGUAUAAUUCUCGUGACCUUAAUAUCCAAAGGUCGAAGGUUCGGGGUCAAUUAAAUAAAAAAUUAAUAAAAAUUGGUGAAAAAUUUGAUUAGUAAUGAGUGUAAAUUUAUAUAUAUACACCUGUACACAUCCUCAAAGACAUAACUUAUACAAUACAGGAAGACCCCUUGUUAAAUAUAUAUAUACAAACUGGUGUGUUUAUAUACAAUUAGUGAUAUAUUUAGAUUUUGUAAGUAUAUAUAUAUAGGAUAUGAAAUUAUAGACGUUCGUGUGUGAUAUAGGUUAUUUUAUACGAUAUAUAACUCAUGAGCUAUUAUAGAUGUUUGUGCUUAUAGCUCUUUUAAUAUAGGUGAUGAAGGUGAUACUGUUUAGGUCAUCUGUCUGUCUGUCUGUCUGUCUCUCUCUCUCUCUCUCUCUCUCACUGGUCUUAAGGUGUUGUGUUGGGAAGGUAAACUAACUAGCAUAUUGAAGGGUUGAAGGAAGGGACAGUGUAUAUGUUUAUUUGAGGUCCAACAACAACAACAACAACAAAAACAACAAUAACAAC